AUUUUUCUAUUAAUGCAAAGUUAUGAUCCUAUAGAUGACUUAAAACCACCUAUUUUGUAAAAUUUUUAGAGUAUGUAUUCUAAUUUGAGUGAUUGUGAUCGUUAUAAACAUUCUCCUUUAAGACAUUCUCCAGUACUCUAAAAAUGGUAAAAGAAUAUUUUUAUUUUAGGAAUUCAUUCAUAGAUCCAGAAGCAGUUCAUGAAAAAUCACCUAUAGUUUAAGUAGAAACAAAUAAUAUUCAUGAAGAAAUUUCAAUAGUUUAAACAAAAUUACAAGAAGAAAAAUAACAAAAUAAAUAAGAUGAAUUUUAACCCUGUAGUUGUUUAAAGACACAUUGUUUAAAGAUGUAUUGUUCUUGUUUUCAUAAUGGGAGAAAUUGUGGAAAAUCAUGUAAAUGUGAAGAUUGUAACAAUACGGAAGAAUUUAAAAUGUAAAGAAAUUAGGCUAUGGAUUAUGUAAAGAAAAAAGCACAUAGAAAUAAAAAAGUUCCAAAAGAAAAAAUAUUUGAGACCACUGAAAUAUGGGGGUGUAAUUGUUUUAAAACUAGAUGUAUUAAAAAAUAUUGUGAAUGUUUCAUAAGAAGUAAAAAAUGUACAGUUGAAUGUAAUUGUGAUCAUUGUGAUAAUGGAAAAGAUGAAGAUCUAUUCAAUGAAAUUAAAAAAUAAAAUGAAAAACCUAAAAUACAAAAAAGAAUAAGAAAAGAAAGAUAAACUAUAUAAUAAUGA